AUGUGUGGUGGUGGUGGUGGUGACGAAGGUGGAGGUAAAGAUGGAAGAGGAGGUGGUGGUGAUGGUUGUGGAGGUGGUGGAGGUGGUGGUGGUUGUGGAGGUGAAGGUGGAGAUGAAGGUGGUGGUGGAGGUGGAGAUAGCGGUGGAGGUGGUGGUGGUGGUGGUGAUGUUCACUCGUUUUAUAUUUGUUCAUGUGAUGAUAGGGUAAAGUUUCCCAUUGUCUCGAAAACCAUUGACUGGUCAACAAGUCAACUUUCUUUGAAUUGGGACAUCUUUAGUCUGGAAGGGGCAAAAGUGGUUGGAUUUGAUGAUUACUGA